ACCAGGCCACAGCACAGCCCCCUCACCAACAACCCCAACCCUUUUACACUCACUUUCCAUAACUCUCACAUAGCUCCCUCCCACCCCUUUUCCCUUGCACUAACUCUCCCAUCACCACUCAGCCCCUCUAUUAAGUUACAAGCGUCUCUUCCUCCUGAACUGAACAACACGCACCAAACAGAGGAUUGGACAGAAAACAGCCCGGCUCUCCUGGUUCGUGCCUCCGCCUCAUCCCAUCUUUUUAUUACCUUACUUCAUCCGCCCACAACAUCCCCGCUGAUCUAUUCAUAGCUCCUUUUUGUCUAAUUUCAUCGUCCAGCCCACUUAUUUUUUACUGAGUCCUCUGACGACUUGCUUUAUUCAGCACAGCCCAGCUGUGUCUCUCGAGUUUUGACAGAGCGCUUCCCAUCUGGCGCCCCAUCCACCCAGAUUUUUUCUUUAAAAUUAGUAUUUUUUGGGGGGGGUUUGUUUGUCACCGUCUUAUCUUUGCUCCGAGGGCCAUAGUUUGGCCUCCCUGAGCUCUUGCCAGUAUGUGGUCCAACUACUUUGUGCAGCAGGAGGACGAGGGCCGUAUCGGGGUGGCAGGGGCCGGGCAGAGCGGGGGUUUAGGGGGAAUGAAAGGCGUCAGAGGACAGAGGCGGACCAACAAGAUGAGUGACAGCCAGGAGGGGAAGAUCAAGCUGGCUUUCUUUGUGUCUAUCGUUGGGGUGACCCUGACGGUCUUGGGCAUGGGGACAGAAUUUUGGGUGGAGCUGGCCCAACCAAAGAAUUUCAGCAACAACCAGACGUGCCAGAUGGCCCACUACGGCCUUUGGAAGGGCUGCGUCCGCACGCUGUGGGUGGCUGACAUAGACCCGGAGAGGACGAGCUGCGGCCCCGCUGAGCUUCCUGGAGAUUCCAACUGCACCUACUUCAAAUUCUUCACCUCUGGGGAGAAUGCAGUCAUAUUCAAGAAGACAACUAACAGGAAUCUAAACCUCGCUGCUGCUGUCCUGGCUCUUUUAAGUCUGACCAUGAUGGCGAUGGGCUCCAUUUGUAUCGUCAUGUCCCUCAGCAAAGGAGUUCCCUUCUUCCUUAAACCAGCCUCCUUCUGUUUUAUUCUAUCAGGAGUUCUGGUCCUUCUGUCUGUCCUGAUCUUCCACCAGUCUGUGCUGCACCUGCUGUCCAGCGACCACACCAUACCUCUCCACCACGAGCUCUCCUGGUCCGUGGCCUGCGUGGGCUCAGCGGGGGUCAUCCUCAUCUUUGGAGGCAUCCUCUUCAUCCUCCUCUCUCUCCCCUUUAGCCCAUGGCAGAAAUGCCUGCCACACAAGAACAGCACCACCUAGCCCAUGAGUGCAGAAAAAUGAGCGCAGUAUUCUUAAAGUCUGAGGGCAAGUCAAAACGAGCUUCCAGCCGCAGUGACUUUGAACUUGCUCUUGGCAUUUAAUUCAUACUGGCAGUAGUUUUUGGUCUUAAUCAAACUUCUGAAGAGGAGUCAACAGUUUGUACAAGGCCCCGAAAAGGCCUCUAGAGGUAGAUUUUGCAUUAUCUUUUCUUAUCAUUCGUAGAGGGUAGAAGGAAGGACUUAGCUGACUCUUUUGAAAUGAAUGGUGUGCGUUUCCUAGAGCAAGUGCCGCAAAAAGUUUGUCUGCAUGCCAGCAGCUGUACAACUCCAUAUAGAUUUGAAACCUUGUAGCGGCACAUUUUGUAUAUAAUUCUUUUGGUAACCUGUUUCAUAUGAAAAACAAGACGAAACACCUUCAAUUGAAUGAUAAUAUGAGGUGGCCAUACCAUUCAGGAUGAAACAAUGACCAUUUUUUUUAGAGCACUGCUGCCCUCUGGAUAUGUGGAGCGGCUGCAGGGAAAGGUUCAAAUCAGUCUUAAAGAACAUUGUGCAGAAAGUUUGCGUAAUGUUCGAGCCCACGUGGGAAUCUCUGAGAUUUCACUAAUGGUGUAUGUGCAUGCUGAUCCAGUUGGUGAAUUUACACUGCUACUCUGUAUAUAGCUUUUAUGGAUACUUAAAAAAUACACAUAUUUAAUCAGCAGCUUUGUUUGCCAUCUUUCAAACGCACCAUGUGCUGCUCAGCCUGCAUCAUGCCAAUAGUUGUCAACUAGAGAGACCCCGUAAUGCCUCCCUAGGCAACUAAAAUGUGAGAAUACUCAGGGAGGAAAUAUAUUUGGUUCGGUUGGUGAAAUACACUGCUUCAACAACACACUCUGUUGCGUUUGUAUGAUGGCACAAAAGUACAUUGUUUCACCAUGUUUACCAGGGGAGUUCAGAUCCAACACUUAAGGCUCUACCUUGGUGUGUGUUUAUUUAAGUUACUUAAAUGGUGGCUUUGUCAGAUAAAAAUCAGGGUUUCCUUAGAGCAGAUGAACAAUCUGGAAAUACUUUAAGAGACCAUGAGUUGAGACCAAGUCUCAAACGAGCCACAAUUUCUUAGAAAUAGUGCGUAGAAAUACAUGAAUCAGUGCAGCUUUAGUAGGUUCUGGGCUUUUAUUAUAUGUUAACAAACUAUGUCGCUAGACCAGGGAUGAAGCAAGUCCAGAAAAAUCAGAUUAGUCAGUAAUAUUAGUCAGGAUUUCAUUUGUCAAUUGGGGGGGGGGGGUUCGGAAUGUUUGCAGGACAAUAUUUGUGCUCUGCAAAAUAGAUAUGUUUUAUGAUGUGGAGAAUAAUAAUGACGAUAAACACCCUCUCAAUGAUCAAUCAAUGAUGGUGAUUGUAGUAAGGUACUUCAAAUCUUUUUGUCUAAGGCUACAAUAACUUCAUGUUUGUUAUGGGUAGACUUUGUUCAGUGUUUACAAUAGUAAAAAUGGAUCAAUUCCAGUGUUUUGUUGUCCAUCUGUCAACCUCAUCCCUAUAUAGGCUCUGAUGCUCCAGAAAGAUUUCUCUUGGCUUUCUCCUUAGUCCCAGUAGUCUGCAUGGGGGGGGGGGGG